AUGAGCAGCGCCGUGGUCCUCACCCAUCUUCCAGAUCCCAGCAGCAGCUUCAGGGAAGACGCUCCCCGACCCCCUGUCCCUGGGGAGGAAGGUGAAGCACCAUGUCCCCAACUCGCCACCACCUCCUUUCUCCCCAAAAGCCAAAGCUUCAAGGCCAUGCCGCUGCCUCCUGCCCCACGGAGGAAUGAGAACGGACUCGGGGAGCCGGAAGGUAGCGCGUCCCCAGACUCCCCGUUGGCCAGAUGGACCAAAUCUUUGCAUUCCUUGUUGGGAGAUCAAGAUGGUGCCUAUCUUUUUCGAACCUUCCUGGAAAGGGAAAAAUGUGUGGAUACCUUAGACUUUUGGUUUGCCUGCAAUGGUUUCAGGCAGAUGGACCUUAAGGAUACCAAAACUUUAAGAGUAGCCAAAGCUAUAUACAAAAGGUACAUCGAGAACAACAGCAUCGUCUCCAAGCAGCUCAAACCUGCUACCAAGACCUACAUAAGGGAUAGCAUCAAGAAGCAGCAGAUAGAUUCGAUCAUGUUUGAUCAGGCACAGACUGAGAUUCAGACUGUGAUGGAGGAAAAUGCUUACCAGAUGUUUUUAACUUCUGAUAUAUACCUCGAAUAUGUAAGGAGUGGAGGAGAGAAUCCUGCUUACAUGAACGGCAACGGACUGGGGAGCUUAAAAGUUGUCUGUGGCUAUCUACCAACCUUGAAUGAAGAAGAGGAAUGGAGCUGUGCAGACUUUAAAAACAAAAUCUUGCCUUCGGUUGUUGGACUAUCCAGCAAGACGUUGAGGGUUACGGCGAAUGUCCGAGCUACGGAAACGAUGGAGAACGGAUACAGGUCCUUCAAGAGGAACGAUCCCGUUAACCCAUACCAUGUGAAUUCUGGUUAUGUUUUUGCCCCAGCAACCAGCGCGAACGAUAGUGAAAUAUCUAGUGAUGCCCUGACGGAUGACUCCAUGUCAAUGACGGACAGCAGCGUAGAUGGGAUCCCCCCAUACAGAAUUGGGAGCAAGAAGCAGCUCCAGCGGGAGAUGCAUCGAAGUGUCAAGGCCAACGGUCAAGUUUCUCUACCUCAUUUUCCGAGGACCCACCGUCUUCCCAAGGAGAUGACCCCAGUGGAACCGGCUGCCUUCGCCGCGGAGCUCAUUUCCCGGCUGGAGAAGCUGAAGCAGGAGCAGGAAACCAUGGACAGUCUGGAGGAGAGGCUGCAGCAGAUGAAGGAG